ACUAAUACCUCUUUCACUAUAUUCAUUGAGAGUUGUUUUGAUUUUAUUGAAGGAUUAUUACCGUAUUGGAAAUUGGUGGCUUAAAUUUUUAUAAUGGCUCUAGAGCUUGAAACAGAUUAUACAUGGGGUUUAACAAAAUGUGGCGAAAUAACAACCCUAUUGACAAUGGGAAGAGAAGAAUUUUUUCUGAAUUGUAAAUUUUGUGACUAUACAUUUCUACAAUUAGAUAAAUUUAUUCGUCAUAUGUGUAAGAAUCAUAUGCAGAGAUUUAAUCACUUGGGUUCUGAGAGAAGUUCUACGUUAGAAGAUGUAGAUUUCGAGGAGCCAUUGGAAAAUUCGAUGGAGGAAAUCGAUGAUAAAAAUUGUGUUUUAAAAGGAUUUGAAAGAGUUGAAAUAGAAUUGGAUUCAGCUGGAAUGGAUACUACGUUACAUAUGAAAGAAGAAGAUAUUCAUAGUGAAUUUAUAAGUGAUAACAAGGAAGCUGACAAGAGCACCGGGAUGAUAGUUGAUUAUAAUUCUGAUUCGGAAAACGUAAUAGUCGACAAAAAUACAAAUGAUAAACAAUUCAUUAUUGAGCUUAUAAAUUUAUACCGCAAAUUACCCUCACUAUGGAACAUUAAACAUAAACAUUAUAAAAACCAAAAAGUAAGGCAAUAUCACUAUGAUAUUUUGUUGGAAAAAUACAAAGAAAAAUAUCCCGAUGCUGAUAAAACAGAUGUUAUAAAAAAGAUUAGUAAUCUCCGAUCAGGAUAUCGCCGCGCAUUAAAGAAUUCUCCAAAGGUAGUACCCACUGCGCAUUAUUAUGAUGCCAUGGAUUUUUUGAGGAACCAUUACCAACCCUAUUUAGAUGAAACAGAGAAAACUUUUCAAGUCGACGAAGCUAUUGUGAAAACUGAGACAGAUACUGAGCUCGCCAAUAGCUUUAAACCUUCUCCGUCAAAUCAUUAUGAAACUCAUUGUAAGAAUGCUGUUAAGGAAGAACCACCUGAGCUUUCAUCGGAACAAAAAUUCAUAAUUGAACUCAUUGAAUUGUACCGCACGUUACCGGCACUGUGGGAUAGAAAAUGUAUUGAAUACAAUGAUCGUGAAUCCAAAGCCAUACAAUACAAUAUUUUACUUGAAAAGUAUAAGGAAAGAUAUCCAGAUGCUGUUAAAAGUGAUAUUAAAAAAAGAAUGAGUAAUCUACGAUCAAGUGUGCGUCGAGAGCAGAAACGACCUACUACAACAAAUCUAUACUAUUUUAAUGCAUUGAGCUUUAUCUGUAACAUUGGACCCCAAAAUCAAACACAGAAUUCGUUAUAUGACUUUGAUGAUACACAGGAUACUUCCAUAGAUGGAGAUGGCGUAGAACCGGUCGAAGAGUUUAGCGAAUUAGAAAGUGAUUCAGAAUAUACCGGAAUAUCAAAACAUAGACAAAUUGAUACCAUGUAUGUUAUGGAUAGCGAACACAAUAAAAAACUUACAGCUGAAAGAAAAUUUAUUAUUGAAUUUAUUAAUUUGUACCACUCUCUACCGGCACUAUGGGAUAUUAACAUUCCGUCUUAUCAGAACCGAGCUAUGAAAAACAAACAAUAUGAAAUUCUGCUUGAAAAAUACAGAGAAAUAAUGCCAAAUGCCGAUAAAUCAGAUGUAAAGAAAAAGAUUGCUACUCUGCGUUCGAAUUACCAGCGUGAAGUAAAACGGUUGCAGACAUCUAAAUUGAAAGAGCCCGCUCUAUAUUACUAUGAUGCCAUAAGUUUUCUAUGUAAAAAUGACCGCGAGUAUGAUUCGCAAGAUAGAGUGCCUGAUUUGAAUGAAAUGGAGGAUGUCUCUAUGGAAGCUGACAACAUUGAAAGCACAAAAAUUAUUAACGAGAACGAAAGUGAUACUGACUGCACUAUACUUACAGCGGAAAAGAAAUUUAUCAUUGAGUUUAUAAGCUUAUAUCGCACUUUACCUGCUCUGUGGGAUCUGAACAACGAGUCUUAUUAUGACCGAAAAAUAAAAAACAAAUAUUAUGAAGUUAUGCGUACAAAAUACAGAGAAAUAAUGCCAAAUGCCAAUAUAUUGGAUGUUAAGAAAAAGAUUGCCACUCUGCGUUCGAAUUACCAGCGCGAACUGAAACGAUUACGAACGUCCAAAUUAGAUGAGCCCACUUUAUACUACUUUGAUGCAAUGAAUUUUCUACGUAAUAACAACUCCGAAUGUGAUGACCAAGAUCCCAUAGAGGAUGUGAAUGAAACUGAGGCAGCCCUGGUAGAUGAUUCAUCGGAUGAGAUUAACGACUCGGAAGAUGAUUCUGUGUCAUUUGUACAUCAGACAGACAUCUUACUGUACACUGAUGAAGACACACAAGAUCCAAUUGAAAAGAAAUUCAUCUUGGAAUUGAUCGAGCUGUAUCGCACUCUUCCCGCACUAUGGAAAAAGAAAGAUAAACAAUAUCACGAUCGAGAGUUGAAAAGGAAGCAAUAUGAAAUUUUGCUAACAAAAUACCGGGAAAUGUAUCCAAAUGCGGAAGAAAAAGACGUUAGGAGCAAAAUAAAUAGCCUCCGAACCAAUUAUUACACGGAAUUGAAACGUGUUGGUACAAAUGGUUCAUCAAAUCGAUACUAUUUUGAUGCGUUGAGCUUUUUACGUACCAAUAGGACGUUAGAAAAAGUACAGAAAGUUACGAUGGAACGAAAACGGAACACAAUUAAAUUCACUCCACCAAAAAGCAAAUUAAAUGCUGCACAAUGCGUGAUACUUGCUGAUAUGUAUAAAGGAUUUCCAAGUCUUUGGGAUGAAACAGAUAUAGCAUUUAGAUUCAAUAAUAGGCGCCAAGAAACGUUAGAUGCUCUUCACGAAGAAUUCAAUAAUCGAUGCGGACAAAAUCUCACACAAAAUGAAUUGAGAAAGGAAAUUGCGCGACUGCGCAAAAUAUGUAGUCAUGAAAAGAAGCAGAGAUUAUUGUGUAAACAAGAAAAUAUCAUUUAUAAACCAACAUGUGUGUAUUACGAACAUCUUGCAUUUCUCGAGGUCAAUGUGGUCCCUUUUAUAUGUCCGAUAUGUGAAAAAAUAGAAUUAAGUUUAGAUAAACAUAAAAUACAUUUGGCAUCACAUGACGGUUCCGCUCCAUUCAAAUGUCCUAUAUGCGAACGCGGUUUUCAGGCGUCUACAAAUUUUACGGUUCAUUUACGGCGACACGUACAAGAUUACACAUAUAGUUGUGAGAUUUGCAAUAAGCAGCUCCCCACAACAACAGAUUUAAAAGCGCAUAUGCGUUGUCACACGGGCGAAAAGCCAUUUAUUUGUGAGAUUUGUGGCAAAAGUUAUCGUAACUCAUCACAAUUCAGUACACACAUGCAUUGCCAUGAUGACAAGCCGCAAUUCAAAUGUGAUCAUUGCGAUAAAGCGUUCUAUAAGAAAAUUGUACGAGAAGAACAUAUAAAGUGUGUGCAUCAAAAAGUGCGUGACAAAAUAUGUCCAAUAUGCAAUAAAGCAUUCAAAAGCACAAAACAUCUGCGGCAACACAAAGAGAUCCAUGCCGCUGAAAAGAAAUAUGUGUGUAGAAUUUGUGGCAAACGUUUUGCACAAUAUGCUGGCCUUAGCGGGCAUGUGAAAUCACAUGGCACAACACUCACGGAACUCACCACGAAAAACACUGACAUGCCGUAAGAAGUGUUAAUUUAUAUAAUAUAUAAUUUUAAAUGUUCAGUUAAUAAACAGUAAUCGUUUGAGAAAGCUUAGUACUCAAUUAUAUGAUAAAAGAACUUUUGAAUUUCUAGUAAAUAUUUGCUUAAACAUAUUAGGAGUUGAAUGUCUUUUAUACCUAGGAUUAGUCAUUUUGUUUGUGGUCAAUGCAACUGAAUUAAAAAUUUAUAUUGCAACUAAAUUGUUU